AUGGCCGGCUGCGGAGAGGACCUGAAGCUGUUGGGCAUGUGGGCGAGCCCGUUCGUGGUGCGGGUGCAGAUCGCGCUCCGCCUCAAGGGCCUCAGCUACGAGUACAUGGAGGAGGACCUGCAGAACAAGAGCGAGCUGCUCCUGAGGUCCAACCCUGCCCACGGCGGCAAGGUGCCGGUGCUCAUCCACAACGGCAAGCCCGUCUGCGAGUCGUCCGUCAUCCUGCGGUACAUCGACGAGGCCUUCUCCGGCGCCGGGCCCUCCCUCCUCCCCGCCGACGACCCCUACGGCCGAGCCGUCGCUCUCUUCUGGGCCGUUUUCAUCGACGACACGCUGUUGAAGGCGCCGAGCCAGGCGUUGAGAGUCGCGACGGGCGAGGAGAAGGAGGAGGGGAGGAAGAAGGCGGCCGCGGCCAUGGAAACCUUGGAGGGGGUGCUGAGGGAUUCCGAGGCCAAGUUCUUCAGCGGGAGGGACUGCCCUGGUCUCGUCGACGUCAUGCUCGGCGGCCUCCUUGGCUCGAUGCGCGCAUCUCAGGAGAUGGGUAGGCUCCAGACCUUCGACUCGACCACCACCCCGCUCCUGGCCGCUUGGGCGGAGCUCUUCUGCACGCUGGACGCGGUGGCGCCGGUCAUGCCGCGCGUGGAGAGGCUCGUUGAGUAUGCCGAGGCGAUGCAGCAGCCUCGCACCGCCGUGUCCCGCACCACCAGCUGA